AUGGAUUUUUUACAGAAGGAAAGUGCUAGAAAGAAGCAAACUGAAGACAAUGUAUAUGUUGAUAGCAUCAGUUCAAAAGGAGCUGCUGAGGAAGAUCCGCAGGAAGUUGUUACUGAUGUGGAACAACAGGUUAGACUGACUGAAGCAUUGCGCGAUAGAGUAAGAGGGAAACUGAAAACUGUCAAGGCCAAAGAAGAAGAUUUUUUCCCUGAUAACCAGGAUGCACCUACUGAAGGAAACCCAAACAACUUUGACAAGGAAGUUCCAUUAGAUGAAGCCUUGGCAUUUUUUACAUCAACUUUUGAAAACCACACAAAGCUGAAAGAAAUUGAUCAAAAUGUUGACCAGAACUCAAUAAAUGACAGUCUUCAACAUGCCUGUGACCUAAAUGAGCAAACCCCACUGCUUCGCCAUGUCAGAGAAAUACUGCCAGAACUACUUGAAGUAAAAGCUGCUGAGUAUGAACACAGUGAUUGGAAGGAAGAACAAUGUGAUUAUCUUUUCAUACCAAGCGCUCUCCCAGUUAUACACAGCUCUAAAUUGCCAAAUAAUAUGUUGCCACGGAUUUUAGAAGAUGAAGGAUUUUACAUUCCAAGAAAACCUUACAUUCCUAGGAAUACAUAUUACAAAAUGGAAAACCGUCUUCUUCAGCAAGAAGGGGGGACAAACUGGUUUGAAGAAAGUGGAGAAAUAAUAUCAUUACCUUCACCUGUGAAACAAGCUCAUCACUGCAGAGUAUCUUUCCCUGUUGAGACUGAUACACAGUUAAGGACAACAUAUAGGAAGCUCAAAGCAUUAACAAGUGCCACAAAGCUGAAGGAAAGUGAUUUAAAAAUAAACCAGCUGAGUACAAACACAUUAAAGGAUUUCAGAUCACAAAUAAGACAUACUAAAAGAUUAUAUGAUAAAGAACGCCAAAGAGAUAGUUCUUUAAUACAAAGCAUGUUGAAGAUAUGGAAACAGAUAAAAUCUGUGCGUAUACGACAAGGAUUUGUCAGUACUACAGUAAAACUGCAGUUUCAAAGGCUGGCAAAUAGCUCUGAACUGGAUGACUCUGAAGCUAGAAUAUCUGAAGAUGAUGAAAAAGUGGGUUACUUGGAGUCACCUCAUGUACUUCAAACUGCAACAGAUUUUGGAGAUCAGAAUGAAUCUCUUUUCAUGCCACACCUCUCAUUUGUGACAGAGAUAACAGCAACAAACAUGUGUCCCAAAGAUGAACAAAAGAGAAGAGAAAAAAUCAAGCUGGAGAAAUACUUUAUUAAAGUAUAUUACAAUAAUAAAUUGGUUUCUUCUACUCCAGAAACUCCUCUGUGCCAGGAUUUUAAAGUAAUAUUUCAACAAAGGUUUAGAAUUCAAGUAUUAAACUGGCCUGAAUCUCUUUGUUUAGAGAUAUUUAAAUCAAGUAAAAAACCAUCUUUGUUGGCCAGAGUAUACUUGGCUGUUCCCAGUGCCUUUAUAUUAAAAAGCAAGGAUAUUUUGGAUGAGGUAGAAUUUAGCUGCGAUCAGCAAGUUUACCCUUUGGAUGGGGCAGUGGGAAGCAAUGUGCCCUUUCUUCUUGAAAAUGAAACUGAAGAACUAUGUAUUCUCACAUCAGGAAAAGUAAUAUAUUCCUUGUUUUGGACUGUUGAUGACAAAGGAGUUCCUUUAGCACCCACCUUUCAACCUGCAUCUGUUGGCUCUACUAGCGUGUCAAGUAAUGUCAGGUCCGGCAGAGGAAAUGAAACUUGGUGGCAUUCUGAUAUACAGAAAUGUAUUGAGUGGGCAAAAGCGGCCAAUAUUGAUCCAAAUGACCCUAAUUACACAGAUUUGUUUGAAUUAAUCACGUAUGCAAAAUCCCGGGAACAAAGUAAUUCCAAAUACUUUCGUCUUGAACAGCUGCAGGAAGAAUUUAACUUUGUCACUGCAGAAGACAUUGAAAAUUGUAAACGUUUUCAGCUGUUGCAGCUGAGAAGCUUAGGACAGUUAGACUUCUACCGUUUUCAGCAAAUUCCUCUCUAUGACAGAGAGAUAUCAGACACAAUCUUCCAGCAAUAUGGAAGCCAAUUUGAAAAGGACAUGCCAAUGACAGAUGUGGAUCCUAUUUCUGCACAAAGGAAUAGCUCUGUCAACUUCAUUAGGAUGAUGAGAAAGCAAGUUAGAAAACAAAUUGUGACCAUUCAGCACAAAUAUAAUUUAUCAGAUAUUGUGAAUGAUUAUGAAGAAAUUAUAUCUAUGAGCCAAUUGAGUGAUGCAAUUUUCAAGUUAGGGGAACGCAGAAGGCAUUUGAAGCCACAAAGGAAAGAGAGACGCAAGAUCCCAGCGCAGGCUGUCUCUGAUGGAGAUGUUAAACUUCUCAUAAGAAUAUUGAGAGCAUAUAAUAUUCCUGAAAGAAAGGUGUUGGAAACUAAGGGGGCAGUCUCUCAUUCUUCAUCUUACUUAUUGAAUCGUAUGUCCCGUGGCAGACAUAUUUUCUCAGGAAACUCAGCCUAUACACCUGAUCUUCCCAGUGAGAUUUCUGUCCACCCUUUUGUAGAAGUAACUUUCCAGAACACAGUGUAUCAGACAAGUACUGCUGAUGGCUCACAUCCAUGUUGGAACGAAGAACUUCAAGUUGAUUUCACGUCACCAGGACAUGACUAUACUUUCUCAGGGCUAUCUAAAAUAAAAGACAACAUAAAUAUUAACAUUUUUGAUGAAUUUGUAAUUGAAAAGCAUGAGGAUGUCUGCCCGAAAAGCUGCAGUAGUCAUUCCUAUGUAAGGAAGAAUUGGCUUGGAUCAGUUACAUUUCCUUUUUCAGCUCUCCUGGAACAAUCAAAGAUAUGUGGUACAUUUCAAGUAAGCACACCACCAGUUCUGCUUGGAUAUACUUGGAGUAAGACAUAUGUACCUCCUAAAGAAGAAUGCUAUGGACAGAACUUGAAAGAAUAUACCUUUUUAACUAUCUUUGCCACUAUUGAACCUCAGUUAUCUUCUGCUGAAAGUAACUUACAGCCAGAUAAGAUUCUAAAUCAUGAAGAUGAAACACUAUUGCAAAGAGCAUACAUUUUUAAGCAAGCGUGUAAAAUGAUGUUUCCAAAGAGAAGAAUAAUAACUUCUGUUUUUGACAAUCAAGGAAGAAAUGUUUUAGUAACCAAGUAUAUUACACCUCUCAAUCCACCACAAGUAUUGCUUGAUAUGUAUCCCGAUGAUCCCAACUCAAUUUCUGACCUUGUAUCACGAUUUGUGUCUUUAAUUCCUUGCAUGUCAGAUACUGUAGAUGAAAAUGGUGAUGUGGAUAUAUGGAUGACAUCAGAGCACUGCAUCAAAUGGGGUAUUUGUAAUAAAGAAGAGCAUGCAGUACUUCUGUGUAACUACUUUCUGUAUAUUGGGAAAAAAGCCUGGCUGCUUUUAGGGGCAUCUGUGCUAGAAGGGAAGGUAGCAUAUGUAGCAUCACAAGAAAAUGGAGAAUUUUUCCUCUGGAAUCCUCUCAGUGGCCAGUGCUACAAGCAAUUCGAUGCAUUUUGUCCGUUACAGAGUGUUGACUGCUUGAUCAAUCAGGAAAAUGUCUGGUUCAACAUCCAGCAAAACAGUUCACCUAUGUGCGUCAGUUUUGAUAUUUCAAAGGAAUGCUUCUGGAAGCAAAUGCUUCCAGUUAUUCCUCAGGAUUUAAAAACACAGACUGUACAGCCAGAGAAAAUGCAUUAUAUCCCAACUGAUGAAAGUUUGAUAGAAGAACUACAAAACAGGUAAUCAUCAUAAUCAGUACAAUAUUUUUAAACAUUUCUAAACCUUUUCUUCCAUAAAAGGAUUGAAAAGACUUUAAAGAAUAAAAUAAUGGAAUGGCGAUCCCAGCAUCCAACUCGGUGGCAUCGACAAUGUACUAAUGUCCUACGACAGCUUCUUCCAAAGCUAGAAUUUAGAAAUGGACAUACAGCUAAGGAAAAAGAAGAGAAUUAUUUGGAGACUUUUCAUGAGCACUAUUGGGUUACAGGAUUUCCUAUUCAGAUGCUGUAUCUCGACGUACAGUCAAUAACGGAGGCUGUUUAUCAGACAGGAAUUCAUUCUUCGGAGGUUCCCAACACAGAAUUUGCUCUUGCUGUGUAUAUCCAUCCUUACCCAAAUAACAUGCUGUCUGUCUGGAUCUAUUUGGUAUCUUUGAUCCGUCGUCAGUAGUAUCAGAUCCGUUCAGGAAUCACCAAUUUGCUGCAUCUGAUAAAUGUUUUCUCGUGGUGAAUUUUUACUCUUAUAUCACAAAAAAGGAAAAUGUUGAAGUUAUAUCUUCAGAUUCAUAUUGUCUUUAAACAGCUGUUGCCUUUUCCCCG